AUGUCUUACAAUGUUUACUUUGGCGUAAUAUUGGGCAUACUAGGUCUCUAUAUCACAAAAACCUUCUUGUCCCGCAAAGGGCUUCACAGUCCACUCCCACCAGGACCACGACCUAAACCUAUAAUUGGCAACAUCUCCGAGGCACAUACUCGCGAUCCCCUGGUGCAUAUUUCAAAACUGGCUUUGGAUCAUUUCUCCACGGCUGGAACACCCGGUGCUUGGUUGGUUGAUAUGAUCCCAGCAUGUACGUCCUUGUUCAAAACGGCUGGCUAUCCCAUUCCCGGCUCAGAGAAUGAGUUGAUCGCUAAGUGGACUGCUGCCUCACUUUAUACCGGAGGCGCUGAUACAAAUGUCUGCGCUGUUGAGUGUUUCUUCUUGGCAAUGACGCUGUUCCCCGACAUCCAGCGCAAAGCCCAAGAGGAAAUCGAUCAGCUACUGGGAUCUGAUCAGCUUCCUAAACAUCCGGUUGCAUCUAUGGGUAUACCGCAUGCAUCCAGCGAGGAUGAUACCUGGGAAGGAUACUCUAUCCCCAAGGGGUCAUUGCUGAUGCCAAAUAUCUGGGCCAUGACACAUGACCCUGCAAUCUAUCAUGAUCCUAUGACAUUCAAGCCUGAGCGCUUUCUCGGUAUCGACGGCCGAGGACCUGAAAUGGAUCCGCAUGAUCUUGUCUUUGGUUUUGGCUGUCACAUCUGCCCUGCCAGGUUCCUGGCUGAUACUACAGUUUAUCUGAGUGCUGCGCAAAGUCUUGCCGUCUUCAAUAUUAGACCAAUUGAUGGUCAGAAAGGAAAGAAUGUUCGACCAGAAUUCAAGCCGGGAGUUGUUAGCCAUCCCACGCCUUGGAAAUUCCAGAUCGAGCCUCGUAGUGCAUCUCAUGAAGCUCUCAUUGAACAGGUGAAUCCGUGGGAGCAGAGCCAUGCUCCUGAGUUGGAGAGGUUGUCCAAAUAA